AAAAAAUAGUGGGCCUCUUGCCAAACUCGGAAGCAAGUAUUCCCUGGAGUGUGUGGUGUGGUGUUGCUGUUGCAAAUUGCAACACUCAGUCAGCACUGCACCACUUUUGUUUCUGCAUUUCAUUUCCCAGCUUAGCUACAACUACAAACCCACGUCGCUUUCAUAAAACCACACCCACCUGCCACCAUCACUUUCCCCAAAACGCAACAUCAUCAAAACUUAAACUCAGAGAAUCAGAGAGAGAGAGAGAGAGAAAUGAGUGAAGAAGCCAAAAAGAACUUCGCCGGAGCUCUAACGGCGAGGCCCAACUCCGAUGAGCCGAAACCGGCACCGGUGCCAGCUGUUCCCCCGAAGAAGGUCAUCAUCAAGAGCGCUGAUAUGAUCCCCGACAUGCAGAAGGAGGCCGUUGAUAUCGCCGUCGCCGCGUUUGAGAAGUACAAUGUGGAGAAAGACGUUGCGGAGCAGAUAAAGAAGGAGUUCGAUAAGAGGCAUGGCCCCACGUGGCAUUGUAUCGUUGGACGUAAUUUUGGCUCAUAUGUGACUCAUGAAACAAACCACUUUGUUUAUUUCUACUUGGAUCAGAAAGCGGUUUUACUCUUUAAAUCUGGCUAGCCUUAUUGUGGUAGCAAAGAAGUUGAGAUCUAUGGGAAUUGUCUUGUGAUUAUGCUGCUGUAUGCAGUCCCCCAUGUAUUAAUUCCACUGACACUCAAAAUCUUUGCAAGACAUUCUUGUGAUCUUGUCCUUGUAUAUUGGAUGAUAUGUAAACUAGUUAUCGGUUUGGAUAUGAAUCUAAGGAUUACCUUAGAAGAGUUUUCUAAAAAGGAAAUAUUAUAUCUUAAAAAAAAGCUUGCUGAAGCAUGCACUGAAAUUCUUAAGGGCUGUUAGCUUGUGAAAAAAUUCUUAUUUUCAUUGUC